AUGGUGAACCACAACUCCGUGCUGGGCAUCCGUGAUGUCGCUCGGGACGUCAACGCAUCCAUCAGCGUGGCGUGGCACGAGGACGUCGAUGACUGGCUGGACGAGUUGGCUUCUCAGCCGGACGAAGACCGGGAUGGCCCGCUGUCUCUGUUUGCCUAUCCGGCGGAAGAGAACUUUGCGGGGCAGAUCUUCCCUUUGCGCUGGGCUGCCAAGAUCGCGUCCCGAGAGGGCCAGUUGAGGACCUGGCGCGUGCUUCUCGAUGCCGCCAAGUUCUCCAGCAGCCAUCCCUUGAACUUGACGGAGGCCCGGGCGGACUUCGUGACGCUCUCCUUCUACAAGCUCUUCGGCUACCCGACUGGCGUUGGGGCCCUCAUCAUCCGGAGUCAGACUGCCUUUGAACUCAAGAAGCACUACUGGGGAGGGGGCUCGGUGUCCCUCGCCGGUGCUGGACGCACAGAUAGCGACGACCUGAAGGUCUUUAAGGGCCGCAUCGCUGAGCGGUUCGAGGACGGCACCGUGGCUUUCCUGGGCAUCGCCUCCCUCCGGCACGGCUUCGACGCCCUGGCUCGUGUGGGAGGCAUGGCUGCAAUUGAACGGCACACCAGUUGCCUGGCGGCGGAGCUGCACCGUCAGCUUGCCGAGUUGCAGCACAGCAACGGCAGUCCCGUGAUCGCCAUGUACAGCCGGGACAUAGGUGUAGACGCGAGCGGACAGCUGGUUCAGGGGCCAAUCGUGAAUUUCAACGUGCUGCGUGCUGACAGCACCCUGAUCAGCCACAUCGACGUCAUGGCCACCGCAGCCGAGGCUGGGAUCCAUAUCCGCGCCGGGAUGCACUGCAACCCUGGGGCGGCCACCACCGUCCUCGGGCUUCCCCCAGAAGCCAUCCGGGACGCGGCCCAGGACACCUCCAUUCAGGGCUGCGGCAGCGGGCCUGCCUUCGUGAAGUGCAGGGCGAGUGCUGUCCGCGCUAUCAGCGAUGAGGCGUGCCACCGGCUUUACACAGGCAGGCCUUCCGUCACCCCCGCGCCGCCUUCUGCGAAGAUGGACUUCAUGGAUGCCCUCCAAGGGUUGGAGCCCCAAUGGGAGAUGCCCUUCGGGAGUGUGCGAGCGAGUGUGGGGUACCUGAGCACUUUCGAGGACAUCCAGCGGCUGGUGUUGUUCCUGAGCACUGAGCUCUUACUCGACUCUCUGGCUCUAUACUUGUUUAAGCUGGCGGAGCCGGAGGAUGGUGUCUUUGCAACUGCAGGACAAACCAACAUCGCAAAGACCCUUAUCGCCCCAUCAUGCAUGAGUGCCCAGACACUCAUGCGGCCCUGGUUGGAUAUACCGUACGUUACCUACAGCAGCGAGGGCUUCCUCGAGAAGAACGUGGACAAGCCUCCCGACGAGGCCGCCGAUCUCCUAAAGGGAUCCAAGCUCGUGGUGCUCCAGGAGAUUGGCGGCGCCAUUGCUGACGAGCUCGCAGAGGCGACGGGAGGCCCUGGCAAGAAGAAGGCCAAGACCGUUAGCUCCGGUUUCCGCAGCUCCCUCGCGCAACUGGUGCAGAAGCUGAAUGAGGCGGAUCCCCACUUCAUCCGCUGCGUCAAGCCAAAUGCGGAGAAGGUGCCUAACAAGUUCACAUCGAAGCUUGUCAUGGAGCAGCUGACCUGCAGCGGUGUCUUCGAGGCCGUCCGCAUUCGCCAGUCCGGCUUCGCCGCACGAGUGCCGUUUGGAGACUUCCUGGGCAGAUACCGGAUCGUCGUGCCGAAGGCAAAGCACAAGGCCAUCUUCUCUGCAGCCUCGGAGCCUGAGCGUGCAAAGGCCUUCCUUGAGGCCUUGCCCGAGGCCCUCGAACCAUUGGGAGGCGCGCCCGCUGGGGACUUGGUCCUUGGGAAGACGAAAAUCUUCGCAAAGCAAGCCGUCAUGAUCCGUCUGGACAAAGCGAGGGACAUGGCUGUCUCCACGUACGCCAUCGAUAUCCAGCGCGUCUGGAGGGGCUACAGGGCACGCAAGAAGCUCGCCACGUGCAAGGUGGUGUUCGACGAGCUAAAAGCCUGGUGUGCGAGAAACGACUUCUACACGAAGCCGGGUAGCACGGCGGUGCAGAAGCUGAAGGAGCCUUCAGCCAUCCGCAGUGAGGCCGCCAAAGUGGAGGAGAUCUGCAAAAAGGCGGAGGGCCUGCCCCUUCCACUGCCCCGGCGGAAGGAGGUGGAGAAGGUGAAGCAGCGCAUGGAGAACGAAGCCAAGGAGAUUGAGCUUCUCAAGGCGAUCACAAAGAGCAUCGACCCCAUCGAGAUAGAAUCGGCCGUGGCCCGGGCAAAGGAUCUCGAGCUACAGAGCCUGCCAGAGGUCGGUGUCUUGCAAGAGCGCUUCAGCAAGCUCAGCAAGCAGCUGCCUUUGAUCAAGGCGAUCACAACAGCUCUGGAUGAGGAGGCAGAGGGCUCUACGGAGUUUGCUUUCAUUGUUACUGCCUUCACGGCCUACCAGAGCUCGAAGUGGAGAGCAGGUCAUGCCCGGCAGGUCCCUGACGCCUCGACAGCCCAGCCGCAGGAGGCCAGGCUGGACGCCGGCGCUUCGACCCCGGCUCCGCCAGGCGCAAGCUUUCAACCAGGGCUGGAGCACAUUCUGCUCGAUGCCCCGGACUGGGAGGACAAGUGCGUCUACGACGCUUUCCCACGGCCGCCGCCUGUGGUCAGGUUGUAG